AUGCUCAUGUUAUCUGUAUUUUUCUAAAGCUAGUUUCAGACUUUCAAACAUGGAUGCAUAUUACACACCACCCACGUCUCGGACGUUAGGGCGCACAACGGAAGUGAGCGGGUUGUCUCAAACAGAUCAGACACGACAUGGCGUGUUUGCUAGCAAGCAGUAGCAACACAGGCUCAACAAUGUUUUCUUUAUCACGGCAAACAAACCAGCGCUCAUGGACAUGCUGCUUUUUUCUGGUGAUUUAUUUAACGUCGCUACCAGUUUCGGCAAAGCGGGACGGCCUCAGAGAAGUGACCGACGGGACCUGGGAGGAAAUCCUGACAGGAGAAUGGAUGAUUGAAUUCUACGCACCCUGGUGUCCAGCUUGCCAGCAGCUCCAGCCGGCAUGGAAGGAGUUCGCGGACUGGGGAGAGGACAUGGGGGUCAACAUAGCCAAGGUGGACGUCACAGAACAACCCGGUCUGAGUGGGCGAUUCAUCAUCACUUCACUUCCUACUAUUUACCACUGUAAGGACGGCGUUUUCAGGAAGUACCAGGGAGCUCGCACUAAAGACGACUUCCUCAGCUUUGUCGAUGAGCAGAAAUGGAGAGCAGUCGAGCCAAUUUCCUCUUGGUUUGGGCCAUCGUCAUUUCUAAUGAAUUCUAUGUCUGCUUUGUUCAAGCUCUCCAUGUUUAUCCGGCGUUGUCAUAACUACAUGACGGAGCAGCUGGGGAUUCCUGUUUGGGGGUCUUAUGUUAUCUUUGGCUUGGCCACCCUGUUCUCUGGCCUUGCAUUGGGACUGUUACUGGUGUUCAUCGCAGAUUUUGCCUUCCCCUCACGACGCUUCUCCUCUUCAGAUUACUACCAGAAAAAACAGACUAUGGAGCAGGCAAGGUUAAUCCAACGGCAAGAGGACGAACAUGAGGCCGACGGCGAGGAAGACGACGACGAAGAGGAGGAAGACGACGAUCAGGAUGAUGUCUGGAGGAGGAGGAGGAGAGGGUCCCCAGAGGGCCGCCCAGAACCUAGGGGACAGGGUUUCUCUGAUGAUGCUCUGAGGAAGAGGGUGGUGGCCAACCGCGAGAAGCAGGAGGAGGACGACGACGACGAUGAGGAGGACACCUAGAGUCCCACGGUUCCUACUCCUUUUAGAGAAGAGCGUCAUGGAGUCAGCAGAGUCGGAGAAGCUUUGGUCCCGAGCUGCAGUGUUUACAGCUAACAUCCCCUUCUCCUCCUCCUCCUCCUCCUCCAGGGCCCCAGAAACACCUUGCUUCUAUUCUUCUCCCUCUUGUUUUUUAACGGGAGCGCUUGAGACUCUCUCUGUCUGAGCAGCAGGCUCCACCUGGAAAAAAAAAAGAAAAAGAAAAAACACUGCUGACACCUGUUUCCACUUGUGGAGACAAAUCGCCUGGCUGAGGUUUAGGUAUGAAGUGCAGUAGAGCUGGAUUUUGCAACAUUGUUUAUGCUAUGCAUCAUUUUUUUAAAGUCCUGUUUAUUUUAGAAUCAUUAUACCAAGCUUACGUUUGAAGUUUUUUUAGCUUAAUUUCAUUACUACUCAGCUUAAUGUACAUAUACCGUAUGUACAUAAGCGGGGUAGUAAUACAAUCUUACAAACCCUCAUGGUUUGACCCAACCAACACUCAUUCCUCAUUUGAGUGGACUAUGGAGGAAAGAGGGAAAAAGAAAUGGCUCCAAAGUGUUUAAAUCCUGAAGAUUUCACGCCUAGUUGAUUUGGCGACAACCGUGGUUAUCGUGGCAACAACAAGCGCUCUUCUUGUUCCAUCACUUGUAAUAUUUAAAACUGAUCUUCUGGUGAAAAAUAACAGUUGUCAUGUUUUGUAGACAUAUUUUGUCUAAAAUAGCUGUCAGUGCUUACCUCGACAAAAACACCCCGUUUCCUGUAACUCUUUCACAAUAAAGCCACCCUGUGUUUCACCAGUUGAAUGCUUUUAAUGUGAAGCAGCAGCAGCAGGAAAUGUUUUGAUGCUACCCGCAACUUAAUACACCUCUGAUACUGUGAAAGGAGAAUCAAGAGGGAACCGUGAGGCUUAUAUCAGUAAAGGCAAUUUAAAUCUAUCGCGGAAAUGGCGGACUACUGCACCGUACGAUGACAUCUAUCAAUAUUGCGAUACCGACAUGACUUGCGAUAAACAGUUAUUGAAGUAUGCAUAUUAACAUUGCAUUUCCAUGUCAGCCUGGUUGUCUUUAAAUUCAGAACCGGAUUUUGAAUUGAACAUUUUAAUUCAAACUAGGCUAAAUGUUUCUAGAGUAGCAACUGUAAGGUUUACAACAGCGAAGUUACUACAUGUAAUCAUUGACAUCUCACUGAAAACAAUCUAAAUGUCAAUAAAAUAAAUAUUAUUCCGGACAUCAGAAUACUGAGAUACUAAGUGAUGGAUUUGUCACAGCCGGUAUCAGUCAUUCAUCCUGUCCUUUGUCCUCCCUCUGCUGAGGUGAAGGAGGUGCUCGCACCGUCACCACAUAAUAAUUCCCCAUGCGGGUUUACCUGAAAGAGUAGGGGCUGUCUCGGUUUACAAGAAUUUGCCAAAUUUUAAGAUACGUGGCAAACUAAGAUGAACAGACCUUAAACAGCUUUUGUUUUAGCUUGUCACAAUUCGCCAUUGUAAGACAGCGAUCGAGAGACUGCAAGAGAGAUCAGAAGAUUGUUUUCUACAUAUUUAUGCUUGAUGAACAGGUGUGUUGAUAAAAGAAUGCCUUUUUACAUGAAGGUUUUACUUCAGCUACUUGCAGUAGCAACUGUAGUUGUCUUCAGCUUGAGUUCUCUAUAUUUAACUUUCCUGUCUCCUGCGGCCUCUGACCUGCUGCCUGCUGACUUUACUCUGUGUGUGUUUGUGUGUAGCCUUUAUGUGAAGGAGUUCAUCCCCGACGCAGAAGAGAUGCUGCAGCGUGAUGAUGAAUAUUACAGUUUUUAGCCCCUGGGCCUGUUUUAAUACCGGGUUUUGGCACCCAUCCAUAAAUUAAAAAUGUAUUUCUUAUACCCUGCGUUUUAGGCAAUUUUUUUUGCUGUGUUUGCUUUGCAUAUUCAUAUUGCGAUGAAAAUACUAUUGUAAUAUUGUAAGGAAUAUACCUUUUAAUCUCAGCCCGAUUGUUCCUCAGUGUGUGUAAAGUGUGUAUUCUCUUGGUACAGGUACGUUAUGGGGCAGGAACCCUUCAUAUGACCAAAACGUAGACUCUGAUUCACUGCCAGUGUGCAGAAACUCUAGGUAGGUGCUGAUUUUAUAAAAGGAACCAUAUUCACUCCAAAAAAGUGGUGCGGUGAAUGUUCUGUAGAUACUACCGGGAUAUAUCCCCAUAAUGUAUCAUGCAAUCGACCAGUGGGGCGCGUUAUUUAAUUUUGUGUUACUAAUGUUUAAUUGUGAUUCUAAUUAUUGAAGGACAUUUGCUUAAA